AUAACGUUUGCAGUUUUUGGCCAUUUAGGAGUCGCGAGUUUCUAGAACAUUCGAACAAACACCAGCAGUACCACACCAUGAUGUCUUGUUACCCUUUUCUUCUUCCUUGCUCCAUCAUUCUCACCUUCGUCGGAGCUUUCUUCUCCUCCCCCGCCGCCAUCAACCUAUCUCCUCCUUCAUUAACCUAAAACCAGACUAAUCGUUCACCCCUGUCGUCGCAACCCCUUCAACAUGUGUGAACGACCUCGCUAGGGUUUUAUGCCGCCUCUGAUGCAUCAGCAGCAACAAUCUCCGGCGGAGCCACAUCACCAUGUCCACCACAUCACCUUUCUGCCAACCGCUUUCUCUUUGCCCAUCGCUUCCUUCAACAGCCAGAGCUAAGUAUAAACUAUAUAACACCAAUAGUUCACUUAUUGGAGCCGCUCGCCUUUCAGCUUCUUCUUUUUCUUCAAGGUGUUUGAGAAAUAACUGGAGGUUUUUAUGCUUUAAAAAUGACAACUCUUCUUUGAAUCAUAACAUUCCUAAGACUGAAGAAGAUACUUUGCCAAUGGAACCAGAACCGGAAUCAAAUCAACCAAAUGUGAACCAUGGUUGGCUUUCAAACCUUAGACAGAUAUUUAGGGCAGAAGCAGAAGCAGAAGCAUGGACAGUGCCAUGGACAGGCAAGACCAUUGUUCAAGUAAUGCUCCUCUGGAUGGCCUCUUUCUGGUUUGUAGGCUCAUGGAUUAUUCCAUUUUUGGCUCAUACAUCCGGUUUCAGAAAAGACACAUUGACUUUCAGAGGCCAAGCAUUCUACAGCCUCUUAACUGAUGUAGCCGAAGGCAUCGCCGGAAUCGGAAUCCUUCAUUCCUGCCUUGCCCCAUUCCGCCCUCUUUCACCCGAUUGGUUCAGAUUCAGCUUCAAAGGCAACUGGCAGCUGGAUGUGGCCUUAGGCUGCCUUAUGUUCCCUUUAGUCAACCGUCUCUCACAAGUCAACCUCAAUCUCUUCCCAAUGCUCCCCCCUGCCCCUGUCACCGUCUCAAACGUGGAACGGUCGAUCCUUGCGCGGGACCCGGUCGCGAUGGCGGUUUAUGCGGUUGUGGUGUCGGUGUGUGCGCCCGUUUGGGAGGAGGUUCUGUUUAGAGGGUUUCUUUUGCCUUCUUUAACAAGGUAUAUGCCUGUUUGGUGCUCCGUAAUUGUGACUUCUUUAGCUUUUGCAUUCGCCCAUUUUAACAUGCACCGAAUGUUGCCACUUGUGUUUCUUGGGAUUGUUAUGGGUGCUGUUUUUGCACGAUCUAGAAACUUGUUGCCUUCUAUGCUCUUACAUAGCCUUUGGAAUGCCUUUGUAUUCAUAGAUCUUAUGAAGUGACACCCACCCC